AGUUUCCGGUGCGAGGCGACAUUGACUUCCUGGAAGCACACCAUUUGUGUUCAUUCGCGAUCGGUGCGUCGUGUAACGUCGUUGUGUAUGGUUUUUUAGUGACGUUAUUAUAAAUAAUUCGGGUGAUUUACUCGCGGUUCGUGUGUUUUUCGCGUUGAAAAGAGUCAAAAACAGAAAGAAAAAAUGUCAGAGAUUGACGCAAAAGUGAAUAUGUCGCUUGAUGAAAUCAUAAAGAUGGAGAAAAAGGAGAAAAAGAAAAAGGCUGGGCCUCCCAGUGGAAAAGGUGGUACUAAACGCACUCGAGGAAGUGCAAGAGGACGCAAUGGACUGAGGGGUAGAGGAGCUAGAGUAAAACGUAAUGUUGGGACUGUUAAAAAAGAGCAAACAUGGCAAGCUGGACAAAAUAAUAACAAUAACAAUGUCCGCGGUGGUUUUGUAAGAAAACGAUACAAGAAAAGCACUGGUCUAACUAGAUCAAGAAGCAACUUGACGUUAAAUCAGAAAACAAGUGCACGAGGAGCUUUCAAUGUUCGUCGAGGACGAAGCAAUAGAUUUGGUUUAACUCGCAGUAGAAGUCGUACAAACUUGACUUUCACUCAAGGAGGAUUUUUCACCAAUAAUAAAACUGCGUUGAAACGAACAAACAGUUUACCAAAUCUACGUGAUCCAACAUCAGUUCAUAAUCGGUUGGGAUAUCAAAGUCCUGCCCAAAUUGCCUAUCGAAAUCGUGUUAAAAGGGCUAAACAAUUAUUGUUACAACGGCAAAAUCAGAGAAUGUCUUUACAAAAUCAAUUCAGAGUACCUCAAGCUGGAAAAUCUUUAAUGUCACUUCAGCAAAGAUCUACGGAAAGAAGGCAACAAAUUUUAACGUCUCAACGUCGUUUUACCACCGGUGGAUUACGCUCAGAUCAAAUUGCCCGGGCGCAGAGACGGGCGCAAUAUGAACAAAAGUUAAUGAGAAUGAAUACUACACGAUUAAAUACGAAUUCAAAUGUGAACUUCAUGUGCACAUUGGGAAAUGAAUAUAGUGCAGGCACGCACCAACGUCCUGUUACACUUACACCCAGCCGAAACGGAAAUGCCGUGAACAGUUUGCGCCAGCUGCCAAGAGGACGUUCGCCAUUUAGACAAAAUGUACAAAGCUUAAACAUGGUUGGCCGGGCACCUUUAUUUGGCCGACAGCGUUCGAGGUCACGAUCGCGUUCCCGUUCUCGUACACGUAACACUCCGUCAUCAGAUGCAGGAGCAGAUGUAGAUGAUCGUACUUUCAGCGAAGUCAUGUACAGCUUGUCUGGAAAUCUUGGUGUUACCGGAAGAACGCUUAACGAUAGAUUUAGUUUUUAAGUCUGAAAAAAAAUUUUGUUUUGUAUUUAGAACAUAAGACUGCUGAGGCCAGAAGUGAUUUUUAUGCUUGAAACACAGAAAAAAUGGUAUUAAAUGAAUUGCAACUCAGCUACUUGAAUAUUUUUGACUUAGUUUUGUUUCAUAUUUUAAGCAAUAUGAAAAUCAUUUUUAAGUUUUUAAGGUAUAAAACAUUUAUCUUUGGAAUAUACAUUGAAAUAAUAGAUGCAUUGAAUUUUUAAUAAAUGCAAUAUUUGCAUUAUUUUCUGAUUCUGAAAAUACCUUAUGACAAUUUACUUUUUAAAUUUCAUGAGAUAAAUUACUUGUUUUUUUUUCAUUUUUCUCUUAGAGAGAUAUAUACGUUUGAUUUAUGUUGCAUAGAAACAAAAUUAAAAUACUUAAGCUUAAGAAACUAGUAACAAAAAUGUAAUAUAUAAGAAGAAAAUUCAUAGUAAAUUUUUUUUAUGAAAAACAGCCUGAAAUUGUUUAUAAACAUUUAAAAUAAAUCUUUUGUUAGUGUAAAUAACAUAUCUUUCUGUUUAAGAACUUACCACAUUAUUUUUAUUAUAAAAAACAUUUCAAACUUUCAGUAAAUGUAUUUUUUUUAUUGGAUUCAACAAAUUUAUGGAAGGAUAUAGUCUCAAUCAUGUUAUUUUAGUUUUUAUAAACAAGUAGACAUCUUAAAAAUCAAAUAUUAAAAGAAUUAAAUCUGAAGCUACGUUAAAAUUAUAAAAACUUUACAAGUUUCUUAAAAUAUAGUAUGACCUUUUUUUAUUAUACUAAUUAAAUAAUUAAGUGCUUGUAAGAAAGUCAUAAUCAGAAUAUACAUAAUGUAUACAUAGAAGUACAAUGUAAAUUGACUUUUUAUAUUUUAUUGUAUAAACAUAAUUUAAUACGUACAAUAUAUCUUCUAGAUAGAAUCUUUAUUACAUUAAUAUGAAGGUUACAUCUAACUAGUGGAAUAACUUUGUUAGUUAUUUAAAUUUGUUAUCCCAAGCAACGAAUAUUACAUUAUUGAAAUGUAAAUAUUGUAUGGCAGGUAUUAUACGUUCAAUAUAAUAUUAAUUAUACGAAAAA